AUGGAUGGGCUAAACGGCUCCAUGGUUUCUGAAUUUGUGUUGCUGGGACUCUCAACUGCCUGGGAAACUAAAGCUUUUCUCAUGCUGACAUUCUCCUUACUCUACUUAGGGAUCAUCUUGGGAAAUCUCUUCAUUGUCUUCUUAAUAAUUGUUGAUUCUCAUUUGCAUUCUCCUAUGUACUUCCUGCUGGCUAACCUGUCCUUCAAUGAUGUGUGGAUUUCCUCUACCACAAUUCCUAAGAUGAUCUCAGAUAUCUUAAGUGAAUACAAAGUCAUUUCUUUCCAAGGAUGUAUGACACAGAUAUGCUUCAUCCACAUCAUGGGAGGAGUGGAGAUGGUGCUGCUCAUAGCCAUGGCAUUUGACAGGUACAUUGCAAUCUGUAAGCCUCUUCACUACUUGAACAUUAUGAGCCCUAAAAGGUGUGCUUCAUUUGUAGUCCUUGGCUGGGUAGUAGGAGUGAUCCAUGCUAUGUCUCAAUUUUCUUUUGUUAUAAACUUGCCUUUUUGUGGUCCUAAUAAAAUAGAUAGCUUUUACUGUGAUUUUCCCAGGGUUAUAAAACUUGCAUGCUUAGAUGGAGCCAAAUUUGAGUUUGUUGUUGCAGCCAACAGUGGCUUUAUGAGCAUGGGCACCUUCUUCCUGCUUCUGCUUUCCUAUGUCUUCAUUUUGAUCACAGUCUGGAAACGAUCUUCAGGAGACUUAUCCAAGGCACUUGUUACUUUGUCAGCUCACAUCACUGUAGUUGUCCUUUUUUUCACUCCGUGUAUGUUUCUGUACGUGUGGCCUUUCCCCACAUCACCAAUUGACAAAUACCUGUUCAUUGCUGACUUUGCAAUCACCCCUGCCUUGAAUCCUGUCAUCUAUACCUUAAGGAACAAAGACAUAUUGAUAGCAAUUCAAAGACUGAGAAAACAGAUUCAUUAUGACAGAUUUUGCUGA